CUUGAGUGUAAUUUGUAAUUCCCGUAAUUCCUUAACAUCUCAACUCCCGGCUUCACAUAAUAUUGUAUAACAGAUACGACAAACCCGAUUUUCUACUAUACACUCUUGUCUGGUGGUAUUCUCUGCAUUUCUUACGAGGUGUGUUCGAUUUAAUUAUCAUCAUGCUGUGUUACCGUUGCCGUCGCCUCGUUGCGAUAGCUCCUAAACGAAGCUCUGCCACCUUGUCGCGCUACGCUCAGCCGAUACACAUAUCCUCGGUACAAACUCAAAUACGAACAUUAGCCCAGUCAGCCAUAAGCGACCAUUUCAAAGCUCAACACGCCAUUAUUCGACACUAUUCCUCCUCUCCCGACUCUGCAGCAGCAAGCUCAGCUAACGCUCCACCGACCGAGUCACCUCGCCUCGAAAAGCCAGAUUACCUUGACGAUGCCGAGUCGGCAAUAUGGGACAAGCUAACGGCCGAGUUCGCACCGACGGAGCUUAUGGUUCAAGAUAUAUCAGGUGGUUGCGGGUCCAUGUACGGGAUUGAGAUUGCAUCGGAAAAGUUUCGAGGUGUGAAUAUGCUAAAGCAGCAAAGAAUGGUUAAUGCUGUGCUAGGCGAUCAGAUGAAAGGCUGGCAUGGCGUCCAGCUACGCACCAAAGUCCCUUAACUCCGAUGUAUGAGCAGUUGGGCUGCAAGAAUUACAGUUCACCUAUC